GACUUCAAAGGAAAACUAUAUAAAAGAAGUUUCAUCUUUAAACGUAAACUUCACUCUCUGUUAGCAGUAAAAGACGAAGGUGGUAGUUGUGCUAAUGCUAAAUGCUAUAUGCGUCCAAGGUUUUCCCUCGACUAAUGUCGUUGCUCUGUUCUUCUGAUCAGUCUUACUUUUCUAUAUAUAUACUGUUAUAUCGUGUUAGUUCCAAUUAUAGCAGUUGCAAUUCCUCCGUCUCUGAUCAAUAAAGUUCAGUCUAGUGUAACAGUUAGCUAAGUCGUUAGCUGAGUUCCUAGCUCAUGUUUAGCUGUCACCUUCAAUCCCAACAUAUAUUCAUGGGGCAGAUUCUAAGUAAAAGACACAUAGCUGGUAGUGGUUCAGAUGGAACUGAAGACUCAGACUCUUCUGCUGAAAGAGAGCAGACCAAUAGCUCUGAAAGCGAUGGGAAUGUUCCUAAGAGACAGCGUCUUACCAGAGCCUCUACACGCCUCAGCCAAAGCUCUCAGGAUGCUGUGGAUGGGAAACGCGCAGCAGACCAUGAUGAAUCUCCACCACUGACGCCAACAGGAAAUGCUCCAUCGUCUGAGUCUGAGCUGGACAUCUCCAGCCCCAACGCCUCUCAUGAUGAGAGUCAGUCCAAAGACCAGGCCAGUAGAGACUUGGACAAAGACAUGUCCCAUCGACCCAAGCGACGGCGCUGUCAUGAAACGUACAACUUCAACAUGAAGUGUCCCACACCAGGCUGUAACUCUAUGGGUCACUUGACAGGGAAACACGAGCGUCAUUUUGCUGUGUCAGGCUGCCCACUUUACCACAAUCUCUCUGCAGACGAAUGCAAAGUGAAAGCUGUGACUCGUGAGAAGCAAGAAGAGGAGAUGAAAGGGCACGAAGAAAACAACUCGCGGCACGCAACACGGCAUCAGACACCAACACCAAAACAGAGCAAAUACAAAGAGCAGGUGGCUGAGAUGAGAAAGGGGAGGAACUCUGGUCUACAGAAGGAGCAGAAAGAGAAGCACAUGGAACAUCGUCAGACCCAUGGGAACACCAGAGAACCUCUGCUGGAGAACAUCACCAGUGAAUACGACCUGGAGCUGUUCAGGAAAGCUCAAGCCCGAGCAUCGGAAGACCUGGAGAAGCUGAGGAUCCAGGGUCAAAUCACAGAGGGCAGCAACAUGAUCAAAACCAUCCUGUUCGGCCGCUAUGAGCUGGACACCUGGUACCACUCGCCGUACCCCGAGGAGUACGCACGGCUGGGCCGACUGUAUGUCUGUGAAUUCUGCUUGAAGUACAUGAAGAGUCAGACCAUCCUCAGGAGACACAUGGCCAAGUGUGUGUGGAAACACCCUCCAGGGGAUGAGGUUUACAGGAAAGGCAACAUCUCAGUGUUUGAAGUGGAUGGAAAAAAGAACAAGAUCUACUGUCAGAACCUGUGUCUAUUGGCCAAACUCUUCCUGGACCACAAAACCCUGUACUACGACGUGGAGCCGUUUCUAUUCUAUGUCAUGACGGAGGCUGACAACACAGGCUGUCACCUAGUGGGAUACUUCUCUAAGGAGAAGAACUCCUUCCUCAACUACAAUGUGUCCUGUAUCCUGACGAUGCCUCAGUACAUGAGACAGGGCUUUGGAAAGAUGCUCAUUGACUUCAGUUACCUUCUGUCCAAGGUGGAAGAGAAGGUGGGUUCUCCAGAGCGCCCUCUAUCAGACCUGGGUCUCAUCAGCUACAGAAGCUACUGGAAGGAAGUUCUGCUGCGAUACAUGUACAACUUCCAGGGCAAAGAGAUUUCAAUCAAAGAGAUCAGUCAGGAAACUGCAGUAAAUCCUGUGGACAUUGUGAGUACGCUGCAAUCUCUGCAGAUGCUGAAGUACUGGAAAGGCAAACACCUGGUAUUAAAGAGACAGGACCUUAUUGACGAGUGGAAGGCCAAGGAGGUGAAACGAGGAAACAGCAACAAAACCAUUGACCCUACUUCACUAAAAUGGACACCUCCCAAAGGAACAUGAGCAGCAGGAGCAGCUCCCAACUGAACCAGACUAAAGUUAACUGAACUUAACUUGAACCUUCAGCCACAAACAGCCUUCACCUUAAACUGUCCACUAAAAUCAGUAUUUUCCUUUUUUUGGAGGCUUUUUUCUGUUGUGUGUCAUUAAACCAUUUUUGUACUUUUAUAUAUUUUGUUUUAGUUUUCAUUAAUACUUGGAACAUCAAACUAAAUGUUAGAAACACAUUUGUUGAAAAACAAAACAAAAAACAACCAAUAAAUAUUUUGAGAACUUUAAAACAGAA